AUGAGAGACAACGGGAAAUGGAAUGAUAUUCCAUGUAACUCCAGAAGUUCCAAUGGAUUCUUCAUUUGUUAUGAAACCAACCAGAGCUACAUCUUCAUUAAUCAAAGUAAUAGGACCUGGAUGGAGGCGCAGAGAUACUGCAGAGAGAAUCACACAGACCUGGUCAGUGUGAGGAACCAGACUGAGAAUGAUCUCAUACACGGGAUGAUUAAUGUUGGAACCUUUGUGUGGAUUGGUCUGUACAAAGACUACUGGCAGUGGUCAGACCAGAGAAACUCCUCAUUCCGCUACUGGGCACCAGGAAAACCUGAUAAUAAUACUGGGAAUGAGAACUGUACUGUGGCCUCGAUCACACAGACACUCAAUGGAACGUGGGAUGAUCGACAGUGUGGUGAAAAUCACCCGUUCCUGUGUUAUGAUGACCUCCUGAUCCUGGUACAGGAGAACAUGACCUGGAAUGAAGCCCUGAACUACUGCAGAAAGAACUACACAGACCUGGUGUCUGUCCACGAUGAGAAGAUCCAGCACUGGGUGGAGAGGAAGGCUAGAAAUGCCACCAGUGCCCAUGUGUGGUUGGGUCUGCGCUUCUCCUGUACUCUGAGCUUCUGGUUCUGGGUCAGUGCAGAACCUGUCUGCUAUGACAACUGGUUCCUAGGUAAUGGGACUGGGACUGGAACUGGACACUGUGGGAACACUGGAGCUGUACAAUGUGGAGAAAAACAUCAGUGGGUCAGUCUGCCUGAGACUCAGAAACUCAACUUCAUCUGUGUCAAAUGUCCAUGUGAGUCUAACUAA